GAAUGAAAAUCAAUUAGUACAUCUAGAAAAUUAUUUAAUUCAGUUUAUAGAAUCCAUAACUCACCAUUGCUUUCUUCUCCAACAAAACAAACUCAUCAUUGUUUUCUUCUUCAAGAUACUUAAUAAAACAGAAAUAAAAAAAAUAAGUAAAUAAAUAAACAAAUAAAUAGUAGCACCAAAAUAAAGUAAAACCCACCAAAGCAACAGGCAGCUGAACCACCGGUCAGUCACUCAUGGCCUCUCCGUUGGCCCUCGUCCUCCUCUUCCUCCUCCACCAACCACUCUUUUCCACCGCCAAUGUCCAUAAACUCAACCUUCACCGACCCGAGCUCCUUUCCCAACCCACCCCUCAAAAUGACGCCGCACCAACUCUCUUCUUCGAAGUAACCAAACCCAUAGAACUCCCCAAAACCAAGCCCUGCACCCAGCUCCUUCUCCAGCACGACUUCGGCUACACAUACGGCAAAGCUCCAGUCUUUGCUAACUACUCCCCUCCCUCGGAAUGCCCAUCUCAAUCAUUUUCCAAAAUUGUCCUCGAGUGGAAAGCCACCUGCAAAGGGAGGCAAUUUGAUCGGAUUUUCGGGGUUUGGCUCGGAGGCGUUGAGCUUCUCAGGAGCUGCACGGCUGAGCCGACGCAGAAUGGGAUUGUUUGGAUUGUCGAGAAGGACAUCACAAGGUACUAUUCUUUGCUUCAGAACGAUCAAACACUAGCUGUUUAUCUUGGGAAUUUGAUAGAUAAAACGUAUACUGGGAUUUACCAUGUGAAUAUUAGCAUCCUGUUUUACCCUGCUGAGAAGAUUUUGAAUCAUAAUUAUGAGCAAAAGUUGGGAAAUUUGGAAAAUUUGAAUUCUGGGUACCAUUCUUGGGCGGAUUUGAUCUUGCCCAUUUCGAGAAAUCUGCCUUUGAAUGAUGGGUUGUGGUUUGAAAUCCAGAAUUCGACUGAUACACAGUUGAAGGAAUUUGAGAUUCCGCAGAAUGCUUAUAGGGCUGUGUUGGAGGUGUAUGUUUCAUUCCAUGAGAACGAUGAAUCUUGGUAUUCAAAUGCUCCGAAUGAGUACAUUGCUGCAAACAAUCUUAGCACGCCUGGAAACGGGCCUUUUAGGGAGGUUGUGGUGAGUUUAGAUGGUGAGGUUGUUGGUGCAGUCUGGCCGUUUACUGUGAUUUUCACUGGAGGGGUCAAUCCGCUCCUGUGGAGACCUAUUACUGCAAUUGGCUCAUACGAUCUCCCUUCUUAUGAUAUUGAAAUCACACCCUUUUUAGGGAAGAUAUUGGACGGGAAGAGCCACAAGUUUGGUUUUAAUGUUACAAAUGCCUUGAACGUUUGGUUCGUUGACGCGAAUUUGCAUCUUUGGUUGGACAAGCAGAGCACGAAAACUGAAGGAGAGCUUUCGAAGCAUAGUAGCUUGCCCCUUGUUGUUUCAUUGGUUUCAGAUUUCAAGGGUUUAAAUGGCACAUUUUUGACAAGGGCCCGCAGGUCUGUGUCAUCGACUGGAUGGGUGAAGUCCUCCUAUGGGAAUAUCACAACUGAUUCGAUUCAAGACUUCCAUUACAGUAAUACAAUGGUCAUGAAGAAUGGUGGGGAUACGCAGAUAGUGAAUCAGAUCAUCCAUUUCAACGAUACAGUUCAAAUCACGCCGCCAUCCUCUAGUAUUCACUCAGUGUCAUCAAACAAAACAUUUCCUCUUUACUUGUACACUGACUACUUGGAACAAGCAAAUGAAACAUAUAAGUUGGGUACAAAUGUUGAACUGGGAUUUACUGAGAAGAAGUCUGCAAGUGCUGGUUCACAAUUCUCGAACAGCUCUCUCAGAAAUCUGCAGAAUGGCGAAGGUUAUAUGGUUGUAAAAAACAAUUUGGUAGUUAGUGGAUUGGGGAGUACACAGCAAGUGUAUAGAUACGAUGGUGGGAAGUCCUGUUACUUCAGGAACAUAAGCAGCUCAAACUACACCAUACUCUAUGAUAAGGUGAGGUUUACGUGCACCAAAAUAUCAGAGUCUAAUUUGGAUUCUGGCUUAAGCAGACUGUGGCCUUUUGGUGCUCAAAGGAACUUUCCUGGUCCCCUAUUUACCUGAGAACAACGACGGUGCCUAGCAUAUUCAUAUCAACGCAUCUUAAUGUGCUACAGAAAAGGACGCCCUUGGUAAAUUUUAAGGAGGGUUCCUGUUUGUUGGUACCUCAAAUAAAAAUGUUGCAGUAUUUUGCUGUAGAGGUUUUGACAAACCAAAUCUGUACAUAGGUUGCAGUAUUUUGCUACUUCUGGCACACCGAAAUGGUCGAAGCAUACCAAUUUCUCAAACAAGCAUCUGGAAGGUAGACUUUGACAGUGACUUUGUGAAGAGGUCGACAAUGUUGUCUAGGGAUCAAUUUGCUUGACUUAAGUCUUCUGAUGUUUUACUGAUAUGAUGAGGCGCAAUAUGAUUUGUGUUGACUUUGUUGAUGUAUAUCAUGUCUUGGUUUGAUCGAUACAUGUGGCAUAGUCUUCAUGGAUCGUCAUUGAGAGAGAUCAUUUAUCAAUUCCACGUUCUAUUUCUUUCA